UAUUUUGCAAUAGGAUACCAACAAACCAGGGAAAGAAAAUGGCGACUGUUGCCUUUCGCUAUGGAAUGGGAGCAUGUCUGGCGUUGAUUGGGCUCCUGUCGGUUAUUUUGAACUGUUUCCUCUUCUUUAUCUGUGUGAAGAGGAAGCGCCUAAGAAAGCCUUCACAGUAUUUUCUCAUUUCUCUAGCCGUGGUCGACAUUUUAGCCGUUGCUGGAUGGUUGUCCUUGACUGCCGUUUCCUUGUUUAACGAUGGAUGGAUUUUCCCUUCCGAGAUUUGUAAGGUUCAGGAAUACAUCAUGUCUUUAUGGUUGUUCCUGAACUCUCACUCAUUCGUUCUAUUGGCCUUCGACAGAUGCCUUUUAUUUGUAAGGCCAUCCAAACAUAGCGAAAUUUUCAUCAACACCGUGGUCCUCAUUAUGCUUCUAGCUCUGUGGUUGUUUGACGGAAUCCUCGCAGCAUUCCCGUAUUUCGGGUGGGGAACAGUAAGCUAUUUUUCAAACCAAUUUCAGUGCGCAAUGGAUCACGAGAAAAACAUAAGGGAAACAAAUUUCGUGACUGCCUUGUGCUUUGGGAUCCCAAUAACUCUUUGUAUGGGAAUGUAUCUUUUCAUUUUUAUAAUGAUACGGAAAAUUAAGAAACGAGAAGACGACAAUGGGGCACUUAUUGUGGAGAGGAACAGGAAGGCGAUCGGUGAUUCGUACUCACAGAGGCUGCGCAACCAGCAAUACAGAUUCCAGAACGCGGGAACUAGAGCAAUUAAACCCAACAUCGGGAAAAAAUUCACAUACACGGAGGAUGGAUAUAUUAGUAAUGAUUCGUCAGAUGACGAAAACACCAAGGAAACUGUCCAAAAGGGGACUCAAAAGCAAAACGUUCAACAGAAGAAGGUGUAUCACAUGGCCAAAAAUGACACUUUACUCACAAAAACAUACAUUAUCAUGACGUGUUUAACCUUUUUGCUCUGGCUUCCAUACUUAGUUGUGACAUAUAUUUUUCUCAAGGAUAGAUUUGCAAAUAUCAGUGACGAGUUAGUUUUUGUAGUCAUCUUUUUGUGCCAGUGCACUACUCUUGUAAAACCUGUAGUUUAUGUCACAUACAAUAGCCAUUUCAGAAAACACGUCAUAAAAUUGUUUCGGCGAAAAAUAAACAAACAAACUGAUGGGGAAAGUAACUCACAGACGGACGGGCAAGGUUAUGAUAAUUUGGCAAUGCAACAAUAACUAUUCCUUAAUGCAUAUCUGAUGAAGAAUCUUUUUUAAUUUAAAUA